CCCUCCCGCGGCAGCGCCUGCCCUCAGCAAACAUGGCGGUCGGAAGCGCCUCCUGUUAUUAGGCUCCCCACCCGCCGCUCUUUGCUGGGGGUGUUGGGGGCGGAUUGCUCUGAGAUGGCGGCGGCCGCCGAGCUGGAGUAUGAGUCCGUGCUCUGCGUGAAGCCCGAUGUCAACGUGUACCGCAUCCCGCCGCGCAGCUCCAACCGCGGAUACAGGGCUUCUGACUGGAAACUGGACCAUCCGGAUUGGACGGGGCGACUUCGUGUGACCUCCAAAGGCAAAACUGCAUACAUAAAACUGGAGGAUAAAGUUUCAGGGGAACUUUUUGCUCAGGCUCCCAUCGACCAAUACCCUGGCAUUGCAGUGGAGACUGUGACAGAUUCCAGCCGCUAUUUUGUCAUUCGGAUUCAGAAUGGGACUGGGCGAAGCGCUUUCAUUGGCAUUGGCUUCGUGGAUCGAGGUGAUGCGUUUGACUUCAAUGUCUCCUUGCAGGAUCAUUUCAAGUGGGUGAAGCAAGAGACUGAGAUCUCCAAGGAAUCCCAGGAAGCUGACACACGUCCAAAAUUAGACUUAGGAUUCAAGGAAGGACAGACCAUCAAACUGAACAUUGGGAACAUGGCUACCAAGAAAGGAGGGGCCGCCAAGCCCCGCGCGCCUGGCUCGGGGGGCCUCAGCCUGCUCCCACCCCCUCCGGGAGGCAAAAUCGCAGCCCCCCCUGUCCCUUCCCCUUCCUCCUCGGCCGCUGCCAACCACGUCACGCCAGCGCCCGCGCAGAACUCCAGCAGCUCGAGCAGGGCAGAUAUUCUGUUAGACUUGGGCACACCUGUACCUACAUCGAAGGCACCAGCUACUGCAGACCUCUGGGGAGACUUCAGCACUGCAUCCAGUGCUGUUCCUAAUCCGGCUCCUCAGCAAUCCAACUGGGUCCAGUUCUGAGUGGUCAAAGUGGUGGAAUGGAACAAACUGAUGACCAAGAGGCUCCAGAAACACCAAAUGGGAUCAGAGGGGGAUACAAAGCUCUUUAGUCUACAAUCAAAACUAUGUCGGGACAAUUCCUCCUUUUUAAAGUAGAUCUUCACUUCAGUCAAAAUGUACUAAUUUAAUCCCACGCUGAAACCUAAAGAGAACACACUGGCUCCUCAUGUGGUGGGCAAGGAGGAGGGGUAGCCUCAUCUCUUCUACCCACCUGGCAGUUACAUGGUACAUCCUGGCUCUUAUAUUUUUUUUUUUCCCCCCCAUGUUUCUAUACAUGGAAAGCAAAAAUCCUGAGGAAGGUCGGUGCAAGAGUAGGCUGGGUAGGGGCAUCAGGGUUAAUUUUCUUUUAAUAAUUCCCUGAUUAGGGCUUGUUGCUUUCUGUGGCUGCUUUCAGCAGUGACUAGAGUCUGUGCAGCUUGGCCUACAGUGCUGAGGGCACGGCUGUGUUUGGCUGCGACUCACAGAUGGAAGCUGCAAGGAGAUGGGUUUUGUCCAUCUCUCCAAGUCUCAACACAAAACGUGGUGUGUUGAG